AUGUCGAAUUUCAGCGGAUGUUGUUUCCACCAGGGCAACGGCUGGCAUUAUCUACCACAAAUCUCCCUGAAAGCCCACGCAACAAUCCUCUCAUCCACAUCCCGCACAACUCUCACACAAACAUUCACAAAUUCCUCAGAUCUCCCUCUUGAGAAGGUCUCAUAUAAAUUUCCCCUCUACGAUGGCGUCAGCGUGGUCGGGUUCAAGUGUCGCGUCGGAACGCGAUACCUGCACAGUAAAGUGGACACAAGAGAGCAGGCGAAUGCAGAUUUCGACAAUGCGGUCGCGAAUAAUCAAACGGCAGCGCUUAUGGUGCAUGGCUCCAGGGAAAACGACGUCUUCGUAACUACAUUAGGCAAUAUUUCUGCAAAAGAAACCAUCACGGUAGAAAUCACGUUCAUCGGAGAAUUGAAGCAGGACGCACAGUCCGACGGGAUCCGAUAUACUCUCCCAAAUGCCAUCGCACCGAGAUACCCUGAUCCGAGCGCUAUUCAUACCUCUGGAUCAUUAUUUGGAGCGCCUGAACAGGAACCAAUCCAACCGCCCCAGUGGGGCCUGGUAAAGACGUCUGGUAUCGAUAUCACGAUCGACGUUCAGAUGGAGAAAACUUCCAUUAUUCGAGAACUUCAGUCGCCGAGUCAUUCAGUGAAGGUUUCUCUAGGGUGUACAUCGACUACUCCUAGUGGCAGUAAUUCAGGAUCAACAUUCGAUCCCUCCCAGGCCUCUGCUUCAAUCCGCCUGGCCAAAGAGAAUGAACUCCUACUCGAGCGCGAUUUUGUGCUCGUUGUCAAAGCCGACGGCCUUGAUAACCCCACAGCUUUACUCGAAACACAUUCAAGCAUUCCCGACCAGCGCGCUUUGAUGGUGACGCUUGUGCCAAAGUUCCAUCUGCCACCCAUCAAACCGGAGGUGAUCUUCGUCAUCGAUCGAAGUGGUAGUAUGAAGGCAAAGAUCCCAACAUUGCGAUCAGCCUUGCAAAUCUUCUUGAAAUCGCUGCCCGUAGGGGUCUGCUUUAACCUCUGUUCCUUCGGGCGUGAGCAUCGUUUUUUGUGGCCGCAGAGUAAAGUAUAUGAUAAGUCGAGUCUGGACGAGGCUUCGGCGUACGUUGAAACAAUAAACGCAGAUAUGGGAGGCACGAAUUUGACAUCCGCUGUUAAAGCUACCAUUGCAAGUCGUCUCAAUGAUAAAGAACUCGAAGUUCUUAUCCUGACUGAUGGCCAAAUCCACGAUCAGCAGGAUUUGUUUGAUUUCAUUCGGGAGACUGUCACAUCAAACAAGUUAGACAAGGGCCAGUCGGCUCGUUUCUUCUCGCUUGGUAUUGGAAACCAGGCGUCGCAUUCUCUGAUCGAAGGUAUUGCCAGGUCAGGAAACGGCAUCUCGCAAUCGGUUCUGGAGUACGAGGAGCUUGACCGGAAGGUUGUUCGGAUGUUGAAGGGUGCGCUUACUCCUCAUAUCGGUGACUUUAAACUCCAGGUUGAUUACGAUCCACCUGAGCAAGAGUUUGAAGUCGUUGAUGCAGUCGAUUCGACCACAAAUACAACCACCGAAAGCGCUGAUGGAAAUGGAAAUGAAGAACUUAUUGUAUCCCUCGAGAAGGAAACAGCUCAAAUUUCGAUCUCCCUCUUCGACGAAUCAUUCCAAGAAUCCGAUGCCGAGCUUGGAACACCCCGAGACAAAGACAACAAGAGCAAUAGCAAUACCUUGCCAGAGCUAUCACCUCCAGAUGUCCUUCAAGCCCCCCUACCAGAUCCCCCCCUUUCCAUCCCUUUAUCCGGAGCUAUCGCCACAUCCAACGGGAGAUUACUUCAACUUCGCAUUCCAGUCAAAGACACUGUUCAAGGCGAAACAAUCCAUCAACUUGCCUCACGCAAGGCAAUGAUCGAGCUAGAGGAAGAGCACAGCUGGCUCGAACAUAGCAAAGACCCCAAUGGAAACCCAUUUUCCCACUUCCACGCGGAUACGAAGAGUCAGCUCGUGAAACGCGAAUGCCAGCUUCUAGGACUCAAGUAUCAAGUCACGGGGAAACACUGCUCAUUUGUUGCAUUGGAGGAAGAAUCGACCAAUAAGGAGAACAAACAAAAAGCGGAACACGGUCAGGAUCAGGAGCAAGAAAAGGUCUCCAAGAUUGGUGACAAAAAUUUCCCUGUCAAAGCAACGACCUUCAACAUCAUACAAGCACGCCCAAGCGUGCUUGGAUCUGGGGGAAAUUCCAGUAAAGCCCUUUUUGGCGGUUCCAACUCGCCACGAUGUGCGCCUAUGGGAUCCUUUGCACGUCAGGGUCAGCGCCAGAGUCAGGUUUCGACGGGCUCGGGACUGUUCGGUGGCUCUGUUCAGUCCAUUCCUCUCUCAAUGGGUAGUUUUGGCAGUUCGCAAGCAUUUGGCGCAGCCUCUUCUCCAGGCCAACAACCUCCGUCUGGAUUCGGAAGUACUCAAUCUCCACCAGCUUUAUUCGGUGGUGGUCAACAACACGCAUCAGCCGGGUCACUUUUCGGAGGCCAACAGGCUCAAUGCUCUUCUCCCGCCUUUGGACAACCAUCGAUUUCUCAAGAACGUGGAACUUUCGCUUCCCCCUUUGGCGCGAGUAAUCAUCAACAAAAUCCACCUGCAGCUGGAGCACUCUUUGGCGGCGCUGUCCCUCGUCCUAACCCAAACCAGCCAGCUUUAUUCGGCAGUGCCCCCAAACGCCGGAGCACCCCUGUAACUGGAGGGCUGUUUGGCAACGCUCCUUCAAAAGUUCAAGUGUCCUUAUUUGGCUCUGCGCAGCCAUCAAACGCCCAAUCAUCUUCUGGAUUCGGAGCUGGAAUAUCUCAAAACAGCACAACGCCAAAUAAAGGAUCUCUUUUCGGAAGAGCAUCCAAUCCAACAAAUCCAGCACCUACAAGCUCGGAAAAGACUAACAAAUCAAAAGUCCACUCACUAAUCGCCCUUCAAGACUUCCAAGGCAACUGGUCUCUCAGUCAGGAACUCUGCAACCUUCUAGAUUGUGAGGAAGAUACAGUUCGCCAACGCUUCAUUGACCUGUUAGGAUCUUCCUCUUCUCCUUCCACUGUCACUGAGUCCAGUCUUGAAGUCCUCGCUACACUCAAGGCGAUGGGGUAUCUGAAGCAUCAACAUGCCGAGGAGAAGAGUGUUUGGGAACUCGUUUUCGGUAAGGCGGAGACAUGGCUUGAGGGUGUCUUGCCCGGGCUGGGAGAAGCUGGUAAUAAGAUUCAGGCGAGGAGAGAAGAGAUCAUGUCGUUGGACCUUUUUAAGUGA